ACCAUUUCUAUAUAAUCGCCGGUGAAGGUGCCCGUCUCUCCAUAUCCUAUCAGUGACCACGUUUCUUUAACCACCAUCUUCCACGUCUAUCCUUAGUUUUUCCGAGAGACAAGUGAUACAAGAUGAUGCUGGUGCCGCUAGCCCUGGUGCUGUUCGCGGCGUUCGUCAACGCCGAACCGGCGAUCAACGAGGCCCGACCGCACAGUAACCGACCUGGGAGAUUCCUGUCUCUUCCGAUACCGCAAAAGUGCGCGAAUCGGCCGAAGCAGUUCAACUUCCGCGGUCACAACUAUUUCUACAGCGGACACGUGCCGGCCCACGCCAAUCAGAAGGUCGACUGGCUGGACGCCAGGAACGUUUGCAGAGAGUACUGCAUGGACCUUAUCUCGAUAGAGACCCAAGAAGAGAACAACAUGAUCUUCAAGCUCAUCCAGCAGAACGACGUGCCGUACAUCUGGACAUCCGGACGACUCUGCGACUUCAAGGGCUGCGAGAACCGACGUGAUCUCGAGCCCAAGUCCGUCUACGGCUGGUUCUGGUCAGCCAAUCGCGAGAAGAUGGCACCCACCAGCCAGGCGCCGAACGGCUGGGGCUUCAACCCGUGGUCGCGGACCGGCCACAAGAAGGUCAAGCAGCCGGACAACGCCGAAUUCGACAUCAACGGCACCAACGAGUCCUGCAUGUCCGUCCUGAACAACGUCUACAACGACGGCAUCGCCUGGCACGACGUCGCGUGCUACCAUGAAAAGCCGUUCGUCUGCGAGGACUCCGAGGAGUUGCUCAACUAUAUCGCCAGCACCAACCGCGGCAUCCGCCUCUGAUGGGAUCGCGGUCAGCCUCGACUCGCGCUGAUCGUUCAUCAGCGUCACAUCAGCACCCACUCCUUCUCUCCUCUCUUUCUCUCUCUCUCCCUCUCUCUUGCUCUUUUUCUCUCUGUCUCUCUCUCUCUCUCUCUCUCUCUCUCUACUUCUUUCUCCCUCCCUUCCUGCCUCUUUCUCUCUAUCUCUCUUUCUCUACACCUUCCAUCGCGGAGCCGACGAGACACGUGCCAAAGGGGGAGGGGGCGGGCGAUCGUGUCAUCCCUUGAUGAUCACGGGGACCUUCGAGUGCGACCCCACUGGACGUCACAAGAGAUCGUCAUUGAUAAUAGAAUUGUGACUUGUAGCACAAGAGAACCGUGCAGCGACGUGUUUUGCCACGGAGGAGAACGAUCGGUUGAAUUGGCGCGGCAAUUGGAGCGUACGCGACGCGCGGUCUGCUGCGACGGAAACGGAAUUUCUGCUUCCUGCGAACGAGACUCGGCUCCGAAUCGGCUUCGCGUCUGGUUCGUCCGUUGUCGCGGCGUCGCAACCGAUCCUUGCUUCUCCGUGAGGCAAAUUUUGCAGAAUUCCGCUUGAACAUCUGUUGGAGCGAUUAACGUUAUUAUUAU